GGGAGCGUGCAUGGGUGGGCAGACUAGCCGUGUCCUCGACUAACGAGAUAUUUGUGACUGACGAGCCCGACUACACAAUCCAGGUCUUCAGCAUGAAGGGAGGUUUCCUUCGCAGUUUCUCCUUAGGAAACAUGGAACCAAGUGCCGUGUGCAUGGGCCACAACGACACCCUGUGGGUCGUAUUGGACAGAGGUUCCAAAUUUGACAUCCGACAGUACAGCAAAGAGGGACAUGACCUUGCUAAGUUUACAUGCAGUAUCAAAUACAAAAUGGUCUAUGGGAUUGCCUGGCACAAGCUUUCUGACAGAAUCAUACUCACUCUGGCAAUAUUAGGACACAGGCAGGAUCCAGUAAAGGUUGCAUGGUUUAGUCCUACUUACACACAGGAGUCGGCAACGUGUAAUGUAAGCACGUUUGGAUCAGAGGGUGGACGCUUCCCACAGCUAGUUACUGUGGACCAGAAAGGGAACAUCUUCGUCGCAGACCAUUCAAACUCUCGUAUUCUAAAGUAUGACAAGAACGGAGUCUACCUGUCCAGUUUUGGCAGCAAAGGUAGGAAACCAGGGAAUCUUUAUAACCCCUCAGGAAUCUGUGUGGACAGUUUGGGGCGUGUGAUCGUGGCUGAUUUUUGGAACAGUCAGUUGGAGAUGUUCACAGCUGAGGGAGAGCACAUCCACACCAUAGCUUACAUUAAACUACCCAUGCAAGUUGCUACAGGUGGGGAGGGGCAGCUUGUGGUGUCAAAUCGGUAUGGCUUUGUAACCAUCUUUCCAAAAUAUUAG